AUGGUUGUUAAGGAUGCUGAAGCCUCCGAACUAGAGGGAAGACCUGAGCCAAAUGAAGGUUGGACUCUCAUGUUCGACGACGCUUCAAAUGCAAUAGGUCAUGGAAUUGGGGAAGUGCUGAUGUCUCCCAAGAAUUUCCAUCUACCAUUCACUACAAAACUCUGUUUUACCUGCACAAAUAACAUGGCUGAGUACGAAGCCUGCAUAUUGGGGCUGGAAGAAGCUAUUGAGUUGAAGAUCAAGGUACUAGAGGUAUUCGGGGACUCUGCUCUAGUGAUACAUCAGAUCAGAGGUGAUUGGGAAAUAAGACAUGCUAACCUGAUUCCAUACCAGGAUUUCGUGUUGAAGUUACUCCCAAAGUUUGACAAAAUCACUUUCUUUCAUAUUCCUCGAGAAGAGAAUCAUAUGGCAGAUGCUUUGGCAACCUUGGCUUCCAUGUACAAGUUAAUAUGGCCUAACCAUCAGCCUAACAUUGAAAUGAGGUGUUUUGAUGAACCUGUGCAUUGCCUGACAACAGCAGAAGAGUCGGAUGAUAAACCCUGGUUCUUUGACAUCAAACAGUAUCUGGAGAAACAAGAAUACCCGGCAGAGGCUUCCAACCUUAAUAAAAGGACUAUACGGAGGUUGGCGUCAAAGUUCUUCUUGAUAGGGGAUGUAUUGUACAAGCGAAAUUGUGACAUGGUUUUGUUGAGAGGCGCUCUAAUCCUAGCAACUAUGGACAGUGAUGAAUUGCCGCUUCCCACCAAUGUUGAUGCUGUUAAAAAGUACUUUGCCUAA